UUUGAUGACGGCCAUCAAAUCAGCAAUGAGCAGACAAGCAGCAGAGAGAUUCCUAAAAUUCGUAGACGCUUCAACAGAUCCUUUCCACGCUACGUAUACUGCUGUACAAGCGUUAGAGAAAGCAGGCUUUAAGAAGCUACAUGAGAAUGCAUCAUGGAACGGUCAACUUCAAGCUGGAUCGAAAUACUACUUUACUCGUAACCAAAGCUCUGUAAUUGCGUUCACUUUAGGUGCCAAAUACAAUGGAAGUGGUGGUAUCAGUUUAAUUGGUGCGCACACAGAUUCACCAAACUUACGCGUCAAGCCUGUCUCUAAUAAGACAGCACAAGCUUAUCUUCAAGUCAAAUGUGAGACUUAUGGUGGUGGAAUUUGGCACUCUUGGUUUGAUAGGGAUUUGAGUAUCAGUGGUCGUGUGAUUGUCUCUGAGAAAGGAUCGACAUCGAAAUUCGUCAGCAGAUUGGUCAAACUCGAUAAACCAAUUUUGAGGAUACCGUCACUGGCUAUCCACCUUGAUAGAGACGUCAAUCCCUUCAAGUUCAAUCCUGAAACCCACCUGAUACCAGUCCUCGGUCUUGUCAAUGAGCAGCUGAACGCAACUACCGACAAAGAGGCAAUGAAAUCUAAGUCUUUGUACGACUCUCAUCCAGUAGACAAACAUCACCCAGCUCUUUUGGAAGCAGUAGCUAAAGAGUUAGAUGUCGAAGUCUCACAGAUCCAAGACUUUGAGCUUAGCUUGUAUGACACGCAAAAGGCAGCUAUUGGAGGUAUCAACGACGAAUUCAUUCUUUCUGCUCGCCAGGACAACCUCAUGUCUUGCUUUGCCAGCAUAGAAGCGUUGAUAGAAGCAUCAGACAGACUUGAGAAUGACGACAGAGUAAGAUGUGUAUGCUUGUUCGAUCACGAGGAAGUUGGAAGCGCAUCAACUGCUGGCGCAGAUGGAUCACUCUUGCCUGACUUGAUUCACCGUCUCACAUCCGAGUUAUCAAAAGCUAACCAAUCAAAGUCAUCCUUUGAGGAAGUGGCUGCUCGUUCAUUCAUUAUCUCAGCAGAUAUGGCACACGCAGUUCAUCCAAACUAUGCCGAGAAACACGAUGACCUUCUCAGACCUAAGCUCAAUGGCGGACCUGUCAUCAAGACCAAUGUAAAGCAAAGAUAUGCUACCACCUCAAUUACCUCUUUCCUUCUUGGUAGAAUUGCAGAAAAAGUGAAUGUACCUUUGCAACAUUUCAGCGUUCGCAAUGACAUCCCAUGUGGAUCUACUAUCGCACCAAUGCUUGCUAGCAAGAGUGGUAUACAGACUGUUGACAUUGGUCUCCCUCAACUCUCUAUGCACUCGAUUCGUGAAAUGAGCGGCUCAGAAGAUCCACAACAUCUAAUUGACCUCUUUAGAUCUUUCUUCGAACAUUAUGGACAACUCCAAAGCGAAAUCACAGUGGAUUAAACAAUAAUUGUAGCAUUGAUGGCAUAAAUGCAUUGAUUGAUAACUUAAAUCUUUUCGUAGAAGUACACAUAACCUUUACCUAAUAAUGAGUUCAAGUUUGUUUCUGAUUCCUUUACGACUUUCUCGUCGUUGAAAAGAAUCCAGUUGUCGCCAUGUUUAACGUGUACUACGUAGUGACCUGAGUGAACCGAAGGACCUUUAUGGGAGAUGAAGGCCUUGAGCUUGUACGAAGCUGGUGAAUUCACAUGACCAGGCUUGGAAUCAUCUUCAUCCAUAGGCUCAGCUGCCUCUUCACCUGCAUCUGUAGGAUUUUCGAAUAGCCAACUGACGGCCAUUUCGACAUUGUUUGA